UGGGUCUGAGAGGGAGCUGCGAGAGUGAGGAGAGCAGAACAAAAAGGGAGCAGUGGAGGGAGAGUCAGGGAUGGAGCAAUGAGAAGGACUAGAGGGAGGGAAAGAGAGCCCCUAACUUAAAGAGUAAAAAAAGCCAGCCACUUGAAGAACAUUUAACAUCUCUGUGAUGACUUAUGGCAGCCAUGUACACUUGAGCACAUGAAGCCUCGUGGAGAGCAGUGCGAUGUGGGGAGCGUGUGCUCUCAUGGCAUUGCUGUGCCCAGCUGUGUGCUGGCUGUGCUGGAGGCUUGCAGCUGUAUGUACAGGCUGGACCAGGCUCUGUGCACCUGAUGUAGCUGUAGGUAUCCCUGUUCCUUGCAGGGGAAGUGGAUGAGGUGACCUUUAAAGGCCCAUUCCCACUCAAAUGACUCAAUGAUUCUAUAACCCUUCAGAUGGAGAAAGCAGUGGGAUGCAGGAGCAGCAGCUGGCACACCUCUGAGGGCCACUGCAGGUUUGCUAAGAGGUGUGAUAUAGCACUAAGGAAUUGCAUUGUGUUUGGCCUUUUGGUUAUUUCUCUCUUAAAAAUGCUCUUUUUGAAAGGUUCCUCACCAUAGCAAGAGCGUCCCAGCUCUGCAGCAGGGUUGGUGCUUUCUUCCUGGCCUGCAAGUGAAUCUGUGAUCUUUAUCAGCUGCAGACUGGUUGCAGAACUUGCUUUCAGUCCACCUUCUCUACCUGUUUUUCCUUGGUUUGUCUUAGAACAGUAGCAGUCAGUCAUGCUGCUCAUCCCAUUGCACACAGACGUUUUUUUACUGCUUGAGUUCUGUGUCACAGCGCGCUGAACAUGCCAGACAUGGAUUUUUUUUUGCUUUAGCACCUUUUCUCAGUGCUAGUGCCUACUGCAGUUGCCAGCACCUGCGUCACACCUCCCGUGUUCUGUGUCCUGCUGCUUUAGGCUUAACCCAACUUGCUGCUUGCUCUGCUUCUGAGGUUAUGAGCUAUCGCCAUCAUACUCAUCAUCUUCUAUUACAACUCCAGCCUCUUAGUUGAUAGGGACCUCUUCGCCUCAGUGGUGUUCCUCAUGAGUGCCUUCAUGUGCUUCACCAUCAUAUUUUAAAAGGGAAUUUCUCAGGUACUCUGAUAACAUGUGCAUCAUCCUCUGUCUUACCUUUCCAAGCUUAUUCUUGCACAUUUCACUAAAAAUAUUGUGUAGGCCACUGCUGUGACCAUGCUACCAAGGCAGUAAACAAUUUUCCUUUGUCUUGGAAUUCUCAUGUAACAUAAACCUUCUAUGCAGAUAUAACGUAGCCAAGAUUCACAGCAUCCUAGUUUUGAGGUGAUUGCUGGGGUUGCUGUAGACCUACUAAUACUUUUCGUCCUGAAACAUGCUUGUAUUGGAGUGUCCAUUUUUGGCAGAAGACCAUAAAUAGAGCUUUCAAACUCAGGAGAAUCAGUAUAAUCAUCCAAACUCAUCUCCUGAUACUACCCUUACUUCAUGCUGAGAAACAUGCUGGUGUGUCUUGUGUGACAGCAUCUAUGGAUGACAUACAGUUUGAAGAGGCUGCCAGAGUUGGACAAGUUAUUACCAUCAAAGCAAGGGUGAACAGAGCAUUCAAAACCAGCAUGGAGGUUGGCAUCAAGGUUACAGUGCAGGAUGUUUUGACUAAUGUUGAGAAAAUUGUGAGCGUGGCAUAUGCAACGUAUGUAGUCAAGCCAGUUGGUGCUGAAAAGAUUGAAUUAGAACCUGUAAAGCUUAUGUCUGCAGAAGACUAUCUGGAGCAUGCCCUGGCUACUGAAAGGAAAAGAAUCCGACUGGGCUAUCAAGAGGUCUUUCAGAACCUAAUGCAGGAGAGUAAUAAGGAAGGUGACCACUAUGAUACUUUUGAAGAGGAAAAUGCAGUUUCAACUGACCUUACUCAUGUACAGAGUAUUGAGCUUGUCCAACCUCCUCAUGCAAACCAUCAUGGAAACACUUUUGGUGGUCAGAUCAUGGCUUGGAUGGAGACAGUGGCAAGUAUUUCAGCAAGCCGCCUUUGUCGUUCGUAUCCCAUCUUGAAAUCUGUCAAUAUGUUUAAGUUCUGGGGUCCAUCUGUUGUGGGUGACCGCCUUGUCUUCAAUGCAAUUGUGAACAAUACAUUUCAGAAUAGUGUGGAGGUUGGUGUCCGUGUCGAGGCUUAUAACUGUGAAGAAUGGAUCAGGAACCAAGCAAGACAUAUUAACAGCGCAUUUCUCAUUUUUAAUGCUAUGAAUGACAAAGGCGAGCUGCUCACUUUCCCCAAAAUCAAACCUAUUACUAAGGACGGUGUGAGGCGAUACCAUGGAGCUAUUGCCCGAAAGAGAAUUCGACUUGCCAGGAAAUACAUGUUGUCUGCUAAAGAAGACAAACCUUAUGAUCUAUGGGAGAAAAGCAAUGAGGCAUAUAUGAGUUACAGCAAUAUAGCUACACUGACAUACCUGGCAGCAAAACCAGGAUGGGAAGUCACCAGUACACUGAAUAAUAUAAAAAUAUGGACCCAUGAGGAUGGUGAUGUCUUGUCUCUCAAAGUAGAAAUGCAAGUAAAGACAGCAUCGCAUGUAGCUUUCUCCCUUUUGUCCAACUUCAUGUACCGCCAGCAAUGGGACAAACAUUUCUUAACUUGUGAAGUCCUACAGGCUGUGAGUGAAGAUGACAUAAUAUAUUACGUUACCGCUCCCCCUCCACCCAUGACUGGCCUUCAACCCAGGGACUUCGUGAUUCUUGUGUCUCGAAGGCAACCCCUUGAGCCCAGUGAACCCUACAUAGUAGCUGUAAAGUCAGUAACCCUGACGUCUAAGCCACCUUCUUCUGAACACUGCAGAAGUGAAAUCCUGUGUGCUGGAUUCCAGAUCUACAGUGACAGCAGCAGCUCCUGUAGGGUGCAUUACUUCAAUCAGAUGACGUCAGGUCUUAUGCCUUACUUAGCUGCGAAUCUUAUUGGCUCAUCAAACUCUAUUGAAGAUGCAGCUUUGGAGUGCAUCAAGUUCUUGGAGCUGAAGGGCAGCAAGCGCUGAAGUUAACACAAAGCUGUGAAAAGAGUGAGAGACUGACAAGCAAUAUUGGUUUGAGUUUUUGCGUAUGUGUUAAUUGUUCUGUAAGUUACUUUGAGUCAUGCAGCUGAUACUGGGUUUGAGCUGGAUUUUGUGUCAAAUUAGGAUUAGACUUCAUGCUCUAAACUCAGUUUUUCAAUUUUUUUUUUUUAAAAAAAAGAUUAAGACACAAAUUCUGCUCUUAAAUGUGUAUUUCAUUGUUGGAUUGGGCCUAGAGCCAUCCAGUCAGUUCUAAAUUAGUAAAUACUGAUCAGUCUAAUAUGCAGAGGACUGGUACUACCAAGUAGCUUGUCCGGUUCUCUGCUCAGUUUGUCCAGGUCCCUGCAUAUGCAUUACAUCUUGAUCUAUUACACCAUACAGCAAGGUAGUGUUUGAUAAUCUGUUAAUGCUUGUAGUUUGCCUGUGUUUUUCAAUAAAUUAUUGCUUUUCAGGUUACAUA